AUUAUCAGUCUCCAGCAGCCCCUCUCUUGGCUCCUUGACAUGAGCACCAUAUAAGGCGCAGCGAUCUCCAUAGAAACGUGUCAGUUUCAAUAGUAGUGUCAAAGUUCACUAUAUACAGACAUUCGCGCAGAUCCCCCGUUUCGGAAACAUUGCUCUGCUGGUCCUCCCGUUUAAAGCGCAUUCAUUUUUUGGGUCUCUCCUUCUUCUUGCAUAUUCUAUUAGUUGUUGCUGUUGGUUCUUCUUUUUUUUUAUCUUUUUCCUCUCUCUUCGGUAUCUCUCCAUUCCCUCCCUGCUGGAGAGAGGUGGUGAAACUAUACAUGGGCACUUCUUCUUCUUCAUUCGGCGGCGACGCGGUUUCCUUUCGCUGCUGCUCAAUGGGCGAAGAGAUGAUGAGGCUUAUUUAAAAGAAUAUAGAUGUAAAAAAAUCCGGCUCUUCAGUGUUUUUUUUUUCCUCUCCCGACGAAGACGGGAGUGUUUGAGGAGGCAAAGGGGAAGAAAAAGAGAAAGGAAUUUAUUCUCCUGCAGCACACUUUGGAUCGCGUGUCUUUCCAGGCAAAAAGGUUUUUUUUUUACUCGCUCCUGCGUCCAUGUGAAUCGCUCCUUCCUUUCCUUUCCUUUGUGGCUAUUUUAUAUCAAAACUGCAAUUUGGUAACGACUGGACUCUGGUUCUCCUUCAAGAUUAGGGAUUCCUGAAUGGCUGUCUGCAAUUUACCUUGGAACUGGCCUCCCGAUACUUGCAUAUCCUGAUCGGGUGUCUAUUCAAUUGAAUGUAUUGAUCGCGUUUUACUCUCCUUCUUAUUUCUACCCCAUAUGAGAUUGCGUGCUCCGAUUUGACUUUGCACUCUUUUUUUUUGGUGAGAUCUCGUGUUUUUUUUUCCUCUUCCUUCCAUAUACUCCUUCUACAAAAACACCGGCGAUCAUUUCGCUUUAUAGCACUUUCAGGGGCCGAGAUAUGGCAAUGGUAGUUAGCGUCUGGAGAGAUCCGCAGGAAGACGUGGCCGGAGGACCUCCGAGCGGCCCCAACCCAGCAGCGCAGCCGGCGAGGGAGCAGCAGCAGACGGCGUCGGCGGCUCCGCACACCCCGCAGACACCCAGCCAGCCGGGACCCCCGUCCACACCGGGGACCGCUGGGGAGAAGGGGAGUCAAAAUAGUGGACAGCAGCAUAUUGAAUGUGUGGUUUGCGGAGACAAAUCGAGCGGCAAACACUAUGGCCAGUUCACCUGCGAGGGAUGCAAAAGUUUCUUCAAGAGGAGUGUACGCAGGAACUUAACAUACUCGUGUCGUGCCAAUAGGAACUGUCCCAUUGACCAGCACCACCGAAAUCAGUGCCAAUACUGCCGGCUGAAGAAAUGUUUAAAAGUGGGAAUGCGGCGGGAAGCGGUUCAGCGAGGACGAAUGCCUCCAACUCAGCCCAACCCAGGCCAGUACGCGCUGACGAACGGAGACCCUCUGAACGGCCACUGCUAUCUGUCCGGAUACAUCUCGUUACUGCUGCGGGCAGAGCCUUAUCCGACGUCCCGGUACGGCAGCCAGUGCAUGCAGCCCAACAAUAUCAUGGGCAUCGAGAACAUCUGCGAGCUGGCGGCUCGUUUGCUCUUCAGCGCCGUGGAGUGGGCGAGAAACAUCCCUUUCUUUCCCGACCUGCAGAUCACCGACCAGGUGUCCCUUCUCAGGCUGACGUGGAGCGAGUUGUUUGUGCUUAACGCGGCCCAGUGCUCCAUGCCUCUGCAUGUGGCUCCUCUGCUGGCCGCGGCGGGCCUCCACGCCUCUCCGAUGUCCGCGGACCGCGUCGUGGCUUUCAUGGAUCACAUCCGGAUCUUCCAGGAGCAAGUGGAGAAGCUUAAGACCCUGCACGUAGACUCGGCAGAGUACAGCUGCCUCAAGGCCAUCGUGCUUUUCACAUCAGACGCUUGCGGCCUGUCGGAUGCUGCUCACAUCGAGAGCCUACAGGAGAAGUCCCAGUGCGCCCUGGAGGAGUACGUGAGGAGCCAGUACCCGAACCAGCCCAGCCGCUUUGGGAAGCUCCUGCUGCGGCUGCCCUCUCUGCGCACCGUCUCGUCGUCGGUAAUCGAGCAGCUGUUCUUCGUCCGCUUGGUAGGUAAAACUCCUAUUGAAACCCUCAUCAGGGAUAUGCUAUUAUCCGGGAGCAGCUUCAACUGGCCUUACAUGUCCAUCCAAUGAUCCUAAUAUGAAAGUGGGAGAAAAAGAGAGGAAAAAAAGGACCAAAAUUCAGCAACCCCCUCACCCCAUCCUCCUUCUCCUCCUCCUCCUCCUCCAAGAAGACUAUAUAUAGGACCUUUUCUGAGAAAAACUUGGAAGACAUUACUUUUUUUCUGUCUUCUGGGACUGAGAUGGAAUACAUUAUGUACAGAAAAAUAUUGGAACUUGGACUUUACACCUGUGUAAAUCCACCCCUCAUCGUCAAGAACAAUACUCUUCAUUUUGUAAAAUACUAGUCUUUAUUUUCCUUUUUUUGUAAAAAAAAUACAAAUAAAAUGAAAAACAUCAUAUGCGCAGUAAGAAAAAAAGAAUCAAGACUUAGCGGGAAAAAUAAUGUUUCCAAGCAAUUAUAAGAAAUGUCCUGUGUCUAUGUACCUCUCUGUUUUGUAUUUUUUCUGGUUCUAAACCAGGGUUUCUGUGAUUCUAUACUAAUAAUUUUUUGAUAUAACCUUUUGCUUCUUAUAAUGAGUGCGAUAUAUGUUGUCGAAGCUAUGUUCUCCAAGAAUUAAAAAUUGAAGUGAGAAUUUAAAAACAAGAAAAAUAAAGAAAUUUAGACAAAUAAGAAACAGUCUAAUCGCUAUGACAAUAUCACCACUGAUGGUUGAACUUUUUUUUCCCACAAUUGAUAACGAUGGACCUGCAACAGCAGCAUACUGACCUCCAGGACAUUUUUACUUGAGAGGACGUCUGGGGUGCGCGUGGAGUCGAUCAUCAGUCAAAGAGGAGAGACAUGAAAAAUCAAAAGCACUUUUAAUAUAUCAUUUCAAAAUACAUUUUGUUUGUUUCUCGUCUUGAAAAAAUUUUCAUUGUUUCUUGAAUUUUAUUGGUUGUUGCCUUCAAUUUGCUUACUCCAUGAUGCAGCUUUUUGCAGAAGGGUCGGUUGAUGAAGUUGUGUGAUGGUGACUGUACUAUUAAAAAAAGAAAUAGGCAACAA